CAAUCCCGCAUUCACGCGCUUCCUAAUACCCAGCGGCCUCGAGCAACGAUCACGUCACAGCAUAUGCUUCUUCAUUCCCAGGUUCAACUUUCACAGUCUCUCGGGGAGGACAUCACGGAUAAACAUUGGCUGGUUCUUUCAGUGUAACGCAUUCAUCGUGAAUACAAAAUCCGGCUCCAAGCCUCGAUGACCACGGCCGACAACCUGCUAGAGUCUACGACAUCAACUACGGUGUAUUGGCAGCACACAUCUAUCACGGUUCUUCAUCUCCUCACCCUAUAUCGAAAAGCCCACAAUGCAGGAAGCCUACGCUGAGAAAUCAGGAAGAGGCGCUGAGAAACCAGGCAGGGGCACCCAGCAGACAGACGCCCACGCGCACGGUCUCCGCUGCCUCGCCGCCAUUCGGAACUCCGCCAAAUCCACCCCAGUGUUCCGCAUCCUCGAAAGCAGCACCAACCCCAUCGACCGCGACAUGGAGCUCUUCCUCUUCCGCGAGAUCGCCUCUGGCCGCUCUGCCUCCGAAAUCGCGCGCGAGCUCUCCUACGGCGGCAUCUACAACGUGUGCAGGCAGUUUCCAGGCGCGUUCACGUAUCUGCAUGCGGGCAGGCCAAGGCUUACGGAGGAUAAGAUCCUCAAGCAUAUGUAUUGGAGGCUGGCGAAGUGGCCCUCGUGGCCGACGAGCUGGGAGAAGAGGUUGAUCAGGGGGACGAGCUUGGAGGAGGUGGCGUGGUGUUUGCAUGAGGGGACUUGGGAUGAGCCAGAGUGGGGAAGGGCGCAGGAGAGACGGAGGGAGAAGUGGAGGGGUCCAGGGUAUACGGAUAAGAGGGGCGAGUGUUGUCAUGGGAGGAAGACGAAAGAGGAUUUCGGAUGCAGUGGGCUUUCGUGGCUUUGUGGCGGGGACUCGGGAUGAGAUGUGACUGGAACUAGGCUUCUGAAAUUUGAUAAGUGGCUGAGUGGAAUGUGAGUGUCGGAACCCGCGUGUGACGCAGAGUCCAUGUAAGAGUCACGCUCAUAGUAUGGUCAGUGCUUCAACGCUAUAUUCCAAGGUUCCUCUUCACA